AUAAACCCACGCUGCCUCUCCGCUGCUGUCUGUACUUUGACACCUAGAAGAAGAGAAGAAAUCUCUCUUUCUCGGCCUCGGUUCGUCGGUCUGACUCCUCCGGCUCUCAGCUCAGUCUCGUAUCUGUCAUGGGGGAGGAAAAUCUGUCCGUGGUGCUGCGCGCGCAGGGAGACCUCCGGCUGGAAAAUCGCCCCAUUCCGGAGCCAGGACCUGAUGAUGUUUUGCUGCAGAUGCACUCUGUAGGAAUCUGUGGAUCAGAUGUUCACUACUGGCAGCACGGCCGCUGUGGGGACUUUGUGCUCAGGGAGCCGAUGGUGUUGGGGCACGAGGCUGCAGGGCGAGUGGUGAAGGUUGGCUCCGCAGUCAAGCACCUUAAAGUAGGUGACAGAGUGGCCAUUGAGCCCGGCGUGCCCCGCGAGAUGGACGAGUUCUUCAAAAACGGAAAGUACAACUUGUCUCCUACCAUCUUCUUCUGCGCCACGCCCCCCGACGAUGGAAAUUUGAGCCGAUACUACAAGCACAGUGCCAGUUUCUGUUACAAGUUGCCUGACAAUGUGACAUUUGAGGAGGGAGCUCUAAUCGAACCUCUGUCUGUGGGGAUCCACGCCUGUCGCAGGGCCGGUGUGACGCUCGGCAGCACCGUGCUCAUCUGUGGUGCAGGACCUAUUGGGUUGGUCUGCUUGCUUGUGGCCAAGUCGAUGGGGGCCUCACAGGUCGUCAUCACCGAUCUGUUCCCGGAGCGUCUGACAAAGGCCAAAGAGUUGGGUGCAGACUUCCAGCUGCUGGUGAAGAGAGGAGACGCACCUCAGCAGCUGGCCAAGAGUGUCGAGGAGAAACUGGGCGAUAUGCCUCACAUUUCUAUUGAGUGCACUGGUGUGGAGAGCUGCAUCCAAACUGCCAUCUACGCAACACGUCCAGGCGGUGUGGUGGCGCUGGUGGGUAUCAGCCCCGAAAUGGUAACUGUUCCUCUGGUAAAUGCUGCUGCAAGAGAAGUCGACAUCAGAGGAGUUUUCCGUUACUGUAACACCUGGCCGAUGGCUAUAGCCAUGUUGGCGUCGGGGAAAGUGAAUGUGAAGUCACUCGUGACCCACCGCUUCCCCCUGGAGCAGGCAGCCCAGGCCUUUGAGACCACGCGUCAGGGUAUCGGGAUAAAGGUCAUGUUAAAGUGUGACCAGCACGACCAGAAACCCUGAUCUGAACCGCCCGAGAGUGACUCAGCAUUACAUAAACACAAAGUAGACACACUGACCCCAAGAAAGAUAACAAAGCCGGUUCAAAGAUACACAAUGAUGAACACUGCAGGUCAAAGGAACUAACGUCAAAUGGUACGAAUAAUUAUUUUAGAUGCUGAAUUUUGUUCUAUUUUAAUAGUUUUAUAACUUUAGAUAAUUUGUUCCAUGUUAAUUAAUAAUUAUUUUACAAAUGGUUACUAAGGUACUAAUGGUAGUCAAAGAUUUUUUUUCUGAAAUGAAUAUAAUUAAAAAGGUACAAUUUCUUUGUUAUACUUUUUAAUUUUCACAGAACCAGCAAUACCCAGUUUUAGGCAUUGGAGGGAACUAGAGACUCAAAAUGAAAAAAUGUCUUUGUCUUGAUUCUGGUCUAUAAUUUGAAUGAUAAUACACUAACCUUCAAAGUAGACAUUUUUUGCAGUUAGUUUACAAGGUGUCAACAUACAUGCCAAAUAAACCUCAAAUAAAUAAA